UUGUUUUUAGUUGAACUCGUUUUGUCCUUUCCUUCUCCCUCUCACUUUCAAUCCAAAGUCUGUUUUUUUUCUCUUUUUUCACUCAAACGACCAAAUCAUACUCUUCUUAACUUAAUUCCUCUCAUCUUCUACCAUCUUAUAGUCAAGGUAGAAAAACGACAAUGCAGCCUGGGUGUAAGAAAUUUAAGCCCAAUCCUGAACCGUUGGGAGAGGGAGAGCAAAUCGGAGAUAAUGGUUCUCCCCCGCCGUCAGAUCCCCCUCCGUCGUCACCUCCGGCUCAGACAUCACCUCCGGCUCAGCCAUCACGUCCGGCACAGCCAUCACCUCCGCCUCCGGCCCCAGAAGAGGAAGCGAACGUCAAUGAUAGCGGUUCACAUAUUUCAUCGCCGUCGCCAACGGAUCAUUCUACUGAGGAAGAGAGCGAACCAAUGAAGCCUUUGGAGUUUUAUUUCAAGCCCACUGAAUAUGCAAAGUAUCCGAAGCUGCAAUCAAGAUGUAAUCCAUAUAAAACCAUGAAGACUAUUAAGAGUCUAAAAGGGCCAGAGAUGAGUUGGUUUGAGAAUCAUCCUCAGUUCAAACAUAUCAUCCACAGGGAAAUGGAAAAAAACAGAAAGGUGAUGGGUAUGUGGAUGUUGCUUCUUCGCACGGUACACAUAAACAAUGGAAAGAAGGAAGCUUGGUUUGUUAUAAAUGGUGUUCCCAUUCGCUAUUCAAUGAGGGAACAUGGCCUCCUCAGCGGAUUGUAUUGCCAUGAAUAUCCAGGAGAGCUUGAAAAUUUGGGGAGUUACAACUUUGUGGAUAAGCACUUUGGCCAACAUGACAUGGUAAAAGUCAAGGAUGUCAAACAAAAGUUGGUUCAAAUGGUAGAUGCAACUCGUGAUAGGCUAAAAAUGGCAGUGUUGUUCUUUCUAGCCACUGUGAUUAGAGGGACAACAAGGAAUGUUCAGGGAAGCAUUGAUCCUUUCGUACUAAGGGUCGUGGAGGACAUUGAGCUAUGUGAAUCGUUUCCUUGGGGAAGACUCACAUUUGAUGGUUGUAUGGAAGAGAUUAUGCAUCUGAUGAAUAAUUAUAGAGGCAGAGUGAAGGCUUCUUGGACGUUUCCUGGUUUCAUUUUACCUUUGGAGGUUUUGGCGUUUGAAUGCGUCUCAGCGUUGAAGACAGAAUUUCGGGUACCUGUAAAAAGUCCUGAAACUGAGUGUCCAAGAAUGUGUAAAGGGAAGUUCAGAGAUUCGGGGUCAACAGGAUAUGGUCUCGGAGAACUAUAUAAGACGCUUGAUGAUUCGAAGGUUAUUUGCAGUAUUUUAGAGCCCAGGGAUGGUGAGAGAAUUCUUAUGGCUCGCAUCAUGGAAGAUUAUGAUUUGAACGAGGAAGAUGACUUAGAUCCUAUUGUAGAUAGCUGGAAGAAGGUUCUACGCAGAAGAAAUGGAAAGAUUUGGUGGGAGGAUCUAUGGAAAUUAGACAUUGAAGGACGGGCAUAUGAACCUGAACCUGAACCUGAGGCAGAAGAAGAGCAACCUGCUGAGCCUGAAAAUGUAUAUCUGAAGGAGCAGUUACAGCAGAUGAUGGUGAUGAUGAAGUCGAUGCAAGAAGGUUUUCAGGAUCAAGUUAAUCAGAAGUUUGAAGAGCUGAAUGGAAGGAUGUGUGCUGUGGAACAAUAUGUCAAUAGAAAGCUGAAUGAAGAAAGUAUGGGUUUUCAGUUUAGUGAUUACUGGAGAGGAAGUCACCGUAUGAACAACUUUGAAACCGGCGGAACUUCAGGUGGUGCUGAUGAGAAUGGUAGUGCAAAAGGGACGGAGCCUCAGGAUGCAGCUGUCGAGAAGAUCGUUCCACAGGCCAAAAACGCUGGUCCUGAUACUGCGGAGAAGACGGUUUCAGAAGCUCCAGAUACUCCAAAUGCUGGUCAGGAAGACGCUGUCGAGAAUACAGUUCCAAAUGUUGGUCAUGAUGCUGCGGGGAAGACGGUUUCAGAAGCUCCAGAUACUCCAAAUGCUGGUCAGGAUGAAGCUGUCGAGAAGGCAGUACCAAACGCUGGUGGUCAUGCUGUGAAGAAGAAAACGCCAAGGCCUAAAAGGAUGAAAAAACCUUCGAGUGUCUGUGUUACUCCUUUUGUUCCAAAGUGAGUAAUGGAGUGUUUGUUUGGAAGGUUGUUGCAGGUUUUUAAACGGUUGAGGUUGCAGGUUUUUUAACAAUUGUGUUGUAUGAAAUGUUGUAUGAAGUGUUGUAUGAACGCUUGUAGUAGGUUUUUUAAAUGAUGUAUGAAAUAUUGUAUGAAAUGUGUAGGUUAUUGAAACU